AAGAAUGCCAUUUCCAACCGUCGGGUUGUCAUCUUUGCCAAGAGUUACUGCCCACAUUGCCGCGCGUCCAAACAACUCCUGAAAGAGCUGUUCCCUCCUGACGACGUCCUCAUAUUCGAUCUAGAUCUUAUGGAAGGACAAGCCAUUCAGGACUACCUUGCCGUUAAAACGGGCAAGAAGACUGUCCCACAGACGUUCAUCAGUGUGUUGUGA